AUGACAGGGCAGCCUGUGAAACGCAGCUUUGCAGGAGCAAGUCUGGACUACCUUGGAGCACGCUAUGUCGGUGCAGGCCCCGAAGCAUGCAGCUACACUAAACAAGCCAUAGAGAUCCCCAUGACCGAUGGUGUCAAGCUGGCCGCUGACUAUUACGCACCUGAGUUGCCCGACAACCAGAAAUCUGCAGGUCUGAUCAUGAUCCAGUGCUGCUAUGGUCGAGGUUCAGGAAUUUCUUUCAUCAACGCCCGCAUCUUCGCUGCUCGAGGCUACCAGGCCCUGUUCGUCAGCACACGCGGUACCUAUGGCUCAGAGGGAACGUUUGACCCAGGCAGCAACGAACAGUCCGAUAGCCAGGAUAUCGUCGCGUGGAUGCGCCAGCAGCCUUGGUAUCCUGGAUCCUUUGCUACCCUGGGCGCUUCGUAUCUCGGCUACAGCCAGUGGGCGCUUUUGCACGACCCGCCUGCCGACUGUGUCGCUGCUGUCAUCCCCGUUGGGCCUCAUGAUCAGGCCUGGCAUGCAUGGGGUACUGGGUCUUUCCGACUUGAUCGUGCAUCCUGGAGCGAUUUGAUGUCCAAGUGCGAUGAGGAGAAGGGAAGCUUUCUCUCGCGUCUGGCAAAUAUACCUGGGUUGAGCUUUUUGCGGUCGUCGGAACUUGAAGAGGCCGUGGCUGGCUUGCCACUGGAAGCUAGCUUGCAGAAGUACUUCGGUGACAAGGCCCCAUGGCUAUUUGAGUACUUGAAGCAUCCCAAUGUCGAUGAUGACUACUGGACGCCACGACGACACCAUAUUGCUCUUCAGCGUGCGAACAUUCCCAUCCUCCUGAUUAGUGGCUGGUACGACACGUUCACAACGCAAACGAUGCACCAAUUCAAACAUCUCCGUGGCCGGGGCGUGAAUGUGAACCUUGUCGUCGGCCCCUGGACACAUGUUCAAGGCUCAGGUCUAUAUUCCAUGCCGGAGAUACUAGACUUCCUCUCUGAGCAUGUUGCAAAAACUGAAGAUGCGCGAUCAAAUCGGGAGGUCGGAGUACCCCAUGCACGUCAGGCCCGCAUCUUCAUCACAGGCUCCCAGGAGUGGCGCUCAAUGCCUACCUGGCCUCCAGAUACUCGACCGAAGACCCUAUAUCUACAAGAAAACAACGGCAUUGGACCAGGACCUCCUGUGCUGGACACAAGCCCUGCUUCCUUUGUCUUCGACCCCCUGAACCCUACCCCCAGCAUCGGUGGCAAUCAAAUGUCUUCUGGUGGACGUGUGGACGAUAGCGCCUACGCAAAAAGAUCAGACGUGCUAGCCUUCACGAGCGAGCCUCUAUCAGAAGACCUCGAGAUCUUGGGUAUCCCAUCUGUUCGCUUGAUACAUACAAGCGAUCCACCCUUUGCAGACCUUUUCAUAAGGCUCAGUGAGGUCGACACCCACGGCGUGUCCCACAAUAUCACUGAGAUUUACCAGGCGCUCGACCCGUCUCGCGACACAUCUAAGCCACUUAACCUGGAUCUACAAGACUGUGCUCAUCGAUUCAGAGUUGGCACGCGUAUGAGACUUAUUGUCGCGGGUGGUUCUUUUCCGAUGUAUGCGAGAAGUCUUGGAACCGAUGAGGACCGUCUACGUAGUGAUAAAACUACUCCUCAGAAGCAUACUAUUACUAUCGCCGGUGGAGUUUCGCAGCUUGUGUUGCCUACUACGUCUGCUGUUUGA